AAUAAUUAUUGCAUCUAUAGGUAGAGCUCCAAAAAGGCCAUCCAGGACCAAACAUACCCUUUUGGAAUUAUUGUGUCAAUUUUUGAAUUUUAUUCAUUUUACUACUCCAUAACAUUCACAUAUUGAAAUCCAAACCCAAACACUAUCUCUACAGCUUUUGGUUCGAGAUCCGAUAUGUCUCUCUUUCAACCAGAUGCCGCAGAUUUGAACAAUCUGAAAUCAAACCCAAAGACCAUCGUCAUAACCGGUGGAUCCUCAGGCAUUGGUCUCGCAACAGCAAACCUCCUUUCGUCCCUCAAUUCAUCUCACAACCUCGUUCUGAUCGAUCUAAAUGGCCCACCAUCGUCGUUCAAACACGACUCCUCACGUGUCCUCGUACAUAAAUGCAAUAUAACAUCCUGGAAAGACCAGCGUGCUGGCUUCGAAGCAGCAUAUAAGAGAUUCGGACGCAUCGAUGCAGUCUUCGUCAACGCUGGCAUUGCCGAGUACAAAGACCAAUUCUUCACAGACGAUCUGGACGCAGAUGGAAAGCUGAAGGAACCGGAUAGGAGAGUUCUCAACAUUGACAUGGACGCCGCGGCGGAUACGACAAAACUUGCCAUCCACUACCUGAGAAAGAACAAGGAGGGCGGUCAGAUUGCAUUGACGGCUAGUCUUGCAGGGUAUCUUGCAAGCGCUGGAGCGCCCCUGUAUUCUGCCGCUAAGCAUGGUGUCGUGGGCCUGAUGCGUGCCCUAAAACAAGAGUGCGCAAAAGUCAAAAUCGCCGUAUCCGUGGUUGCGCCGGCGAUCACAGUGACGCCUAUUCUAUCAUCAGGAAACAGAGAGAAUGGCCAAACUGCAGAUGCGUAUGCGAAAGAUAUGGCCCAAGUUGGCGUUCCGAUCAAUAAAGCAGAAUCCAUCGCUCUCGCAGUUUGUUGGCUCUUUGACCAGGGGAUGGCGGCAAAUGGAGCUGGCGUCUUCGUUCAGGCGGACAAGUUUGUGGAUCUGGAGAGAGGGCUUGCAAAGUCGCGCGAGCAGUGGAUGGGCAAGGAGAUGCUGGAACUGUUCAGGGGCGGAAGGAAAGCACCCCUUUUCAUGAGACUGGAUUCCGAAUCCCCCUCCAAGCCCAAAAUUUGAGUUGUGAUCCUACAUGUUGAACGGCCCAUAGCUUUUAGAAAUCAAAGCUUGCUUAGAAAAGUUCC